UGAGGAGGUGGAUGGAGACAGCUGUGGAUCCUCCGCUGCAGGUUCACUGGAGAUGGACCGCAACCCGUCGCCUCCACCGGAGGAAGAUGAGACCGAGGUGGACGCCAUCGGGGAAACGGUGUACAGCAAACACUGGCUCUUCAGCACCCUGACACGCCUUAUUCAGAUGGUGACAGAUCAAGAAAGUGGGCUGAGUGAUUCUUCAAUGGAACUGACAGAUGAUCUUGAGGAGGACUUGUGUAAAGUAUGGGACAUGGCUAUGGAUAAGGAUGUGGCUGUUUUUCUUCAAGAGUUCAAAGCUCCAGACAUCUUGCUGGGUGUGAUCGCAAAGUCACGUAGUCCACGGCUCACAGAAAUCUGCGUUGGAAUUCUGGGUAAUAUGGCCUGUUUCCAUGACACGUGUGUAUCUCUCAGCCAGAGUUCUGACCUAUGCGCUUUGUUGCUUCUGCUGCUCGGGGACAAUGAUCCACCUACGCUCUUGGAAACUUGCAGGCUCCUGCUAACGUGUAUGUCUCAGCCUGAUGUCGCCCCUCUGUGGCUAGAGAGGAUACAGCAGCAGCCGACGGUGUGCAGCAGUCUGUGUUUCAUCAUGAGCAGCUCCACCAAUGUGGAUUUGCUGGUUAAGGUUGGGGAGCUGGUGGAUAAGCUCUUUGAUGAGAAUGAGGAGAUGAUGAAGAGUUGGGUGUCCACCCCACCCAGCAACACUGACCCAAAUAAGGACACACAGCAGGACGUCGUGUCCUCUCUGCUUGAGGCCGCCACACAGCUUAGGUCAGAAAGUCCAGAGGAUCUUGAAGUGUAUCUUCAUUCACUCCAGCUUCUGACUACAGUAGAAGAGGGCAUGCAGGCACUGGUAUCAGAUGGAGCAUGUGGUCGUGCGGUGUGGACGUUUGUGUGUAAGAUCGUAUGUGAGGAUUUAUGUCAAGCGGACGAUCCUCCUCUCAUCCUGCAGGAGCAGAAAGCUCUCAUGGUCUCAGCGCUCGCCCUAUUGUCAGCGUUACACUCCAGCCUGCAGACAGAUAUCAGUUCAGCAUUAUUAGGAAGUCUUAUUCGCAUCCUGCAGUUCAACGCUGAAUGCCGUCAGAGCCGAACAGCUGGAAACUCAGAAUCAGAAGGGAGUCAGAAAGAAGAAGAGAAGCAAGUGGAAGAUGAACAGCUCGAAGCUUUAGUUGAAACCACAGCCGAGUUCCUCUCAGCCGUCCUUAUGGAACUGAAUAAGGAUCUGUUAUCAUCUAUAGUCAAGGAAGGGUAUUUGACAGAGAGAAGCUGUGUGUCUGCUGUUGGCACCCUUGUACCUCAACAUGUAACAGCGGUCCAGCACCUGGUAGGCUUGUUGUCAGAAGUGGAACCGAAACUGGCAGACAUUAUAAAAAAGGACUUUACUUUUUCAUCCGAUGUGUUAAGCUGAACUUGGACAGGCACAUCCAAAGCGUUCUUCAGCAAAGUUCUCAGAGACUGGAGAUGAGUUUAUCUUCUUGUGAAUGGACUCAUCUUUUGUUUAGAUAUGACAAAAAAUAAAUUUGUUUUCAUAGUAAACAUUAUAGCUUAAAAUAUUUGUUGAAAUUGUGUAUAUUAUCACUUUGUUUGAAUACUUUGACAUUUCUAAAUAGUAAACAUA